AUGUCAUGCCGACCGCUACUGUUCCGCGACCUCAGAUGUCGAAACGACAUCAUCUGCCGCUCAUGUCUGGCCGCUCGCGCAAAGCAGCCGGCACAAGCAUGGCGGCCCGCGUCCUACAGCACCCAGGCCUCUCAAACCGCCAUCGCGCGUCAGCCAUCGAAAGAGGAACUGGCUCGCUACUUGGAAGGCCUCAAAAGCCUCCAGGCUCCCGACAAGGCCAAGACCAACGCCGACGACUUUUCUGUCCGAUUCUUCGAGCAGGGCGACCGAAACCGAAAAGAGCUGUCCAGUGAACAAGACUUUGGAGACUCCCUAGGCGGGGUCGAUGUCUCCGAACUGCGAAAUAAUCUCUUCAACCUGAGGUCAAAGCUCAGCAGCCAAGAUGACAAGGACGCCUUCAGAGAAGUCCUGAGCCAGAUUGGCGAAGGCUGGGGCAAGGUCAACUCUGCGGAGGAUGUUGAAAAAAUCAUAGCAAAGAUGGAAGAUUACGCACGGUCAAUCGAUGUCGAGAUUAAAGAAGCAAGCACCGAUCUCCCCAAAGGCGUGCUGGAGCAGCUCAUCGGGGAUGUGCCAGACCUGUCUCUGGAAGGCGACAGCUCCUCUGACCAACCCCAGGACUCGAUCCCGCAGGUGCGUAUAGAUCCUGACGACACAGCACAUCGCCGUCGGAAGAUUGUCAGGUUCAAUUCCAUCAUCAGCCGCUUCGUGCUCGCAGAGAAGGCCUCAGGCACCAAGGCAAAGGGUGUACAGUCUCUAUACAAAGCAUACCAUGCGACGAGACGGGCCCUGGCCCAAAACUGGAGCGAUGUUCCCCCAGCUGUCUGGGAGGUUCUCUGGAGAGCAUUCGCGAGCGAAAGGGACGACGUCAAUGAGAUGUCGCGCAUUGCUCUGCUUGCCAGGGACAUGAGCAGCGCCGGGGUUAUGCUUCGCCCCGCGCAGCAAGUCCUGGCCAUCGAGGCCGUCUUCGUCGACGGAUGGGAGUCCAAGGCCAUUGAAAACUGGAAGCGAUGCGUCAGCACGCUCGGGGCGGACAACGCCGAGACGUUUCAGGGCUUUUGGGAGCUCGGCGCGAGGAUGUACUGCCGUGUCGGCGAUCUGGAGCAGGCAGAGCGGGCAAUGAACAAGCUCCUCAGCCGCAACAUGAGCCCGCGCAUCCUGAUUCCCCUAAUUCGAACAAGCUGCGAACAGGGGACGGAGGAGGGCCGACAGAAAGCAUGGACUACCUACCGCCAAAUGCGGGAGCUUCUGGGCAAGGACAUGACCCUCACAGACUACGACCAGGUGAUAUCCUACUUCCUGACAGCCCAUUACAUGGAGAACGCCCUGUACGCUUUUGUCGACAUGAUGAGCGACGGCCGCAUCGAUCUGACCCGGCAAACAUUCCUGCCGUCUGUCGUUGCCAACAAGUUCUUCCUGGGCAAGUGGCUGAAGCGAUUGAUCGGCGCCGGAGACUUGAACGGCGCCUUCAGCGUGGUCAAAUUCAUGCGAGAAAAGGGCGUGGAGGCGGCGCCGAUACACCUCAACGGCCUCAUUGGAGCAUGGCAGCGGGCGGGCGGUGCCGACGACCUCGAAAACGCCGAUGCCCUGGGCUGGGAGCUGAUCGAGUCGAGGCUCAAGUUUGUGGCCAGCCGAAAGUCCAGCAGCGAGAGCCACGAGGACGGCGGCUCUACUACACCCUCACUCCAGAGCACCACUCCGGCCGAUCCGCCGCGGGCUACCCCUGAAACCUUCUGGCUGCUUGCCGAGAACUACCGCCAGCGAGGCCUUCAUGGCCGCCUGGAGGAGUUGUGGAACGCCUUCCGCGCGGCAGAGCUCAGCCCCGACGCCUUCAUGAUGAACCAGAUCAUGGAAUCUCUCAUCCAAGAAGGCCAGGCGAAAGAGGCAGUAGCCCUGUACCACUCCCUCGUAGACAGCAACAAGGUCGUCCCGGACCCAUACACCUUCAGCGCGCUCUGGAAGACCCUCGGCGUGAACCGCUACCAGAUCCGCGACGAGGAAACGCAAGCCACGGAGACCGAGGCCGCGCGGGCCCUGUUCAAGGAGACCCUCAAGCACAAGCAAGUCUUCCAAGCCGACGGCGGCAUCGACGGCCAGCUCGCCCGCAAGAUGCUCCACACCUUCCGCCGGCUGCACGACAACGCGGGCCUGCUCGUCGCCGUCACGGCCCUCCGGGAGAUUUUCAAGUUCCUGCCGCCCGAGACGCUCGUCAUGGAGAUGGUCAUGGGCACGACGAAGCUCUCGUGGGACACGCCGUCGCAGCGCCGCAGGCUGACGGUGACGAAAACCAAGAUUGAUCGCGAGCUGCUCGCGUGGGCAAGCUUUGACCCCAAGAAGCUCGAGGGCGAGCAGAGGCGCGGGGAGGCGCUGUAUGCGUAUCUGCAAAGGAGGUUUUGGCCCGACGAGGGCAGUGAGGCGGAGAAGAGGAGGGUGUUUGUCGAGGUGGCGAGGCAGAUGGGCGUGUAUGAGCUGUUAAGUCCGAAGAAGUGA